AGUCUGGAUCUCCAGACGCAUAAUUGUCUCUGACAGAACCGGGAUCGAUCUGAUCCGCAUUAAUCCCGGAUCAUGGAUCUUCGGUCACAGCUCAGAUCCGCUGCCGACGUGUUGCAUCACAUCAGCGCGGAGAACUGCUACGAGCUGCUGACUAAAGCCAAGAGCGACGGCGCAGAGGGCGAGAAGGACCGGGUCUACGGCUACAUGAGCGACCACUACCUGGAGGUGCUGCGGACCCCCGGGGUGUACGGCCGGCUGACGGCCGAGGAGAGGGAGCGCAUCCUGGCGCGGAGGAUGGAGGGGACGAAGGUGCUGGCGGUGGCCGAGAGCAGCGAGGGGAGCCGGGAGAGCAACCCGGGGGACUCCAUCCACCGGCGGGUGUUGUCCCUCGACCCGGAGACCCGGAGGUGGGAGGUGCUAACCACGCUCCCGGAGGAGAUCCCGGCCAGGGGCUCCGGGAUGUGCACUCUGUACAACUACCUGUUCGUGGCGGGGGGGAUCUCAGACCGGGACUUCUGCUCCAAAGCCUCGGACCGGGUCUCCAGCUCCAAAGCCUCGGAUCGGGUCUUCUGCUUCAACCCGCGGACCGGCCUCUGGAGCCAGAUCCGCCCGCUGACCCAGCCCCGCUGCCAGCUCAGACUGGUGUCAAUGGACGGACACCUGUACGCGGUCGGAGGGGAGUGUCUUUUCACGGUGGAGCGCUACGACCCGCGAGCGAACCGGUGGACUCCGGUGGCCCCGCUGCCCAAAGGCUCCUUCGCCGUGGCGCACGAGGCGACGUCGUGCGGUGGCUCGCUGUUCGUGUCCGGCGGCUCGCUCUUCUACCGGCUGCUCCGGUACGACUCCCGCCGGGACGAGUGGGAGGAGUGUCCGUUCAACGAGAGCCGGCGGCGGUCCACCGACAUGGUGGCGCUCCGCGGCCUCGUGUUCCGCUUCGACGUGGACCGGGAGCGCGCGGAGGUGAACGUGUACAAGUACAACACGGUGGUGAAGGUGUGGCACGGAGGCGCGUGCUUCGCGCUCCGCGACCCGCUACCGUUCCGCUGCGCGGUGCUCGGGGACCGGAUCUACUGUGUGAACCGGAGCCAGACGCUGCAGUUUGAGGUCCGGGAGGACCGGGAGGACUUCCUGCCGGAGGUGCUGCCGCCCCCCGCAGAGACCAGGGGGGCCCUGGUGCCUUUCGUCCUGUCUCUGAACCGGGACCCCUGAUCCGUAUCGGUCUCUCUGGUCCCGGUCUCUCUGGACUCUCUGGUCCUGGUCUCAGACUUUAACUGUUGUGCCUUUUUCCCCACGUGGCUGUAGAAGCUGACAGGUUGCUGCUUUUUAAUAUUUAAUCCAGUUUUGUGGUUCAUAAGGGGAAAACAUCACUGUGACGUCACUGAUAGCUGAUCAUGAAUCAAGUGACGUCAUCGAUGACAUUGAUAAAAAUAAAUAUGAUAAAAACAGCUGAUGAAGAUCACGUGCUGCGAUAGAAAGCUCCAGACCCUGAACGCACCUUUAGUGGGACAAAGGGAACUCUCUCUGGAGCUUUCAGCCACAGCUCAUGGUCUUCCUCCGCACAAGAAACUCAAAUUAUUGUUUGAAUCUUUUUGUGAAACAUUUGAAUUAAAUGUUUGAAUUUAUGUCUUAAAACGUAAUUUUGACUCAAACUGUUUCCAGACAUAAAACACACGAAGAAGAAGAAUGUCAUGUUGUGAGAGUUCAAA